CUGUCACUGGUUCACUUCCUGUCUCUGGCUAGCUUGGACUCCUGGAGUGGGGUGAAGACCUGCCCAGACGCACCCUCAAGCCAGGGGGUCUAGGCCCCAGGGGCAGGUCGGGGGUUAGGAGUGACCGGGACAUCCUGGUCCAGCUAAAGGACUGUCUCCUUUGCCACCAUGAAGAAGCUUCUCACCUUCUGGAAAAGGAAGGAUGAGCCUCAAGGCCCCUCCUCGCACCUGCCUGUGGCCCCGGCCAGUACCCACCACCCCGCCCAGCCAGGCUACAACCUUCGAGAUAAAGAUUUAAAGAAACUUCACAAAGCUGCCUCGGUCGGGGAUUUGGAGAAGGUGAAGGAGUACCUUCAGCUCAAGAAACGUGAUGUGAAUGUACGGGACAGACAGUACAGAACCCCUUUGCACCUGGCCUGUGCCAAUGGAUAUUCAAAUAUUGUAUCUCUCUUAAUUGAGAAACAGUGUGAAAUAAAUGUCUGCGAUGGUGAAAAAAGAUCUCCAUUGACUAAGGCAGUACAGUGUGCAAAGGAAGACUGUGCUACUAUUCUUCUGGAGCAUGGUGCAUACCCAAAUCUGGUAGAUUUCGAUGGCAAUACUGCUCUCCAUUAUGCCGUCUGUGGCCACAGUGUCUCAUUAGUUGAAAAAUUGCUUGAACACAAAGCUAAUCUUGAAUAUCAAAAUAAGGAUGGGUAUACUCCACUUUUACUUGCCGUUACUGAAAAUAAUGCAGAAAUGGUAGAAUAUCUUCUGAAGAAAGGGGCAGAUGUGAAUGCUUCAGAUAAGAAUCAAAGAACAGCCCUUAUGAUUGCUCUAAGUGAUGAACCAACAAAUUUAGUCAGUCUUCUUCUUCAGCAAGAAGUGAACCUAUCUUCCCAAGAUAUUUAUGGAUUCACAGCUGAGGACUAUGCUUCUUUUAAUGGUUUUACUGUAUAUUAUCAAUUAAUUGCCAAUUAUGGAAAGGGGAAGAAAGUUAAACAGGUAUCUAACUCUAAAGAUACAAUCUUGGACACUUCAUUUGAUACAGAAGAACUGAAGGAAGACAUGUAACCUCAUUUCUACAAAUCCUUUGCUGCUGCCUUGAAUUAGAAAAUCAUUUUGAAAGAACAACUAAAUGAACUGUCACAGCAUUUCACUGAC